AUGGCCACCACGAUCCCCAACCACUCCAUUCUCCCUCUGGAAGAGUCUGACAUUCCCUCCCUCGCACGUCAUGUUCAGGCCUCCAAGCUUGAACUCUCCAUUAAUCGUUUUUUAUGGAAGGACUGGCCCAACGAAGCUGGUCAGGCUGUGAAUUCCCGCCAAGCUAUAGAGGGAUCAUUCGCCAGGUCCGACAGCGACCGGUUCAAGGUCGUCAAAGAUGACACUGGUGAGAUUGUUGGACAUCUUGUCAUAACGCACAAGCGUCCUGUCCCCCAGGAGGAGGGAGGAAAUCCAGUAAAGCCAGAGGUCCAGAAGGAGAUGAAUCCAGAAAUCCUCGACUGGGUGAUCAGGGCAAGUGCUAGCAACCAAAAGCUUGUCAAGGACCGAGAGCACUUAGUUAUAACUCACUUCUACGUCGCCCCCUCCUCGAGAAAGCAAGGGAUUGCUUCGAGCCUGAUACGUUUGGUCAUUCAGAAGGGCAAGGAGGCAGCCCUUCCUGUCUUUGCGGGCGUGGAGCCACAGGCCCUUUCUUUACUACUCGCGCAUGGGUUUAAAGAGAUUGGCUACUCUGAUAUUGACUUGAGCAAGUUUGCGCCAGAGAACUGCGGUUGGGGUGUGUUUCGUCUCACGGCAGUGAUCCUGGAACAUUGA